CUGGCAUCCACAGUAGAUUUUUAAAAGUAGCACAUGAAUAGUUUAUUACAAUUACCAGUUGACGGUUGACAUGGUUGACAUGCCACGUUGGUCGAAGCGCUACCAUCUAGAACUGGUUUCGCUUCAUUCAUAUUCAUACCACCACCAUCGUACUUCGUACAGUAUUGUUAAAAACAUGCCUCGCUAUCACGAAUUUGUAACACGUCCGCGUCUUAUCGCCAAUUUAAACAUAUCUUACUACUAAUGACGACAGUUAAAAGAUCUGUAACUAUCGUUACACAAAUAAGAUUUAUUUUCUGACACUCGGAAAAUAACCAUUUUCCAGAAAUAUUUUAUUACACACUAAAUUAUCUCGCCUGAUCAAAGUGCCACGUAUAUUGUACGACGAAAGUGGAAUAACAUAAUCAUGUCAGAGGAAACUGCUGAAAUUCCAAAUAAACGAAUGAUGACGACCUGUAGCAAUGUGUCAGAACAGGCACAUCACGUUUCAAGAGCAAAACGUGGACAAGCGAUAGGAAGCGUGAGAGGAUUCAGGGGUUGUACAGUCUGGCUGACUGGUCUCUCGGGGGCAGGGAAAACUUCGAUAGCUUUCCAAGUCGAAGCUAUAUUAGUCAAUCACGGAAUCGCUGCUUACGGACUCGAUGGAGAUAACGUAAGGAGUGGUUUAAACUGCAACCUUGGUUUCAGCAAAGAGGAUAGAAAAGAGAACAUAAGAAGAGUCGCGGAAGUAGCUAAAUUAUUUGCCGACAGCGGCCAAAUUUGUUUAUGCAGUUUCGUGUCGCCGUUCGAGGAAGACCGACAAAUGGCGAGACAGAUUCAUAGAAUGUCGGAUCUACCGUUCUUCGAAGUGUUCGUCGACACGCCUCUUAACGUGUGCGAGGCUAGGGAUACGAAAGGAUUGUACAAGAAAGCGCGGCAGGGGACGAUCAAAGGUUUUACUGGGAUAGAUCAAAUGUACGAGAGGCCAGUAAAUCCUGAUUUAGUGGUAACCACCGAGGACUGUACUCCAGAAGAAUCAGCCACGACCGUUAUUGAUCUUCUGGAGAAACAGUGUAUUAUACCGGUACUACAAAAACCCUCAAUGCCAAUAAGGGAGUUGUUCAUUCCAGAACCGCGGAUACCUUCUGCGAAAACAGAAGCAGCCACGCUUCAGAGCUUAGAAAUAAGCGAAAUAGAUGUGCAAUGGCUCCAGGUUCUAGCAGAAGGCUGGGCCGCGCCUCUUACCGGCUUUAUGAGAGAACACCAAUAUCUUCAGACUCAGCAUUUGAAAUGUCUACUGGACGGUGACAAGGAAGUUAAUCAAUCUGUUCCUAUAGUUCUCGCGAUACGUACGGAGGAUAAAGAGCGUUUAGAUGGACUUUCAGCUUUUACUUUGAAACACAACAACAAGAAUCUCGCGAUAUUACGUAGGCCGGAGUUCUUCUUUCACAGAAAAGAGGAACGAUGCGGCUGGCAGUUCGGUACCAACAACUUAAGCCAUCCGUACGUUAAAAUGAUUUACGAAUCCGGAGACUGGUUAGUAGGCGGAGACGUGGAAGUUAUUCAAAGAAUCAAGUGGCUCGAUGGCCUAGAUAAAUAUAGAUUAACACCAAACGAGAUUAGAACGAAGUGUAAAACAAUGAAAGCCGACGCGGUGUUCGCGUUUCAACUUAGAAAUCCCAUACACAACGGUCACGCGAUGUUAAUGCAGAAUACGAGGAAACGUUUAUUAGAAGAAAGGGGUUUUAAAAAUCCUGUACUGUUAUUACAUCCUCUGGGCGGUUGGACAAAAGACGACGACGUACCAUUGCAUACAAGAAUUCUGCAGCACGAAGCUAUAUUCACGGAAGGCGUUUUAGACGCUAAUUCUACUCUGUUAGCAAUUUUUCCGAGCCCAAUGAUGUACGCCGGGCCAGUCGAGGUACAGUGGCACGCGAAAGCUAGAAUGAACGCGGGUGCCAACUUUUACAUCGUAGGAAGAGAUCCAGCGGGUAUUCCGCAUCCGAACAGGAAUGCGACACCGGAUGGAAAUUUGUAUGAUCCCACCCACGGUGCCAGAGUUCUAGCGAUGGCCCGGGGCUUGCAAUCGUUAGAAAUUAUACCGUUCAAAGUUGCAGCAUACGACAAGAAACACAAAAGAAUGGCUUUUUACGAUGAGAAACGGAAAGAGGACUUUGAAUUUAUAUCGGGAACUAAAAUGCGCAGUCUGGCAAAAGCAGGCGAGAGUCCACCGGACGGUUUCAUGUCACCUAAGGCGUGGUUCGUACUUGCGCAAUAUUAUCGAAAUGUUGAUAAAUGAAAACUUAUUGCAAUGAUCUUUAGAGCUUAUUAAAACUAAAUUUUUCCUCGAGCUAAACGAACUAUUUCUAAUAGUAUAACACGAGAAAUUAACGUAAUUUUAAUGUUACUAUACAAUUUGUAUAUUUGUACAUUUUUCUUGUAUAGCGACUUCAGUAUUCGUCUUUGAAUUAGGUAAAAUUAAUCUCUAUUUACAUUUAUUUCUAAUGUAUGUACAUACACGUGUACAUUAAUUUUAUAUCUUUACAUACAAAUAUACAUAUAUAUAUUUUACGUGCAAAAGUUUUAUAAGAACGUAACACAGUUAUUAAUACUCGAACUAUUACUAACAAUGUACACAUAGUACAUUAUUUUACGGUGAAAAGCAUUCUGUACAAUUUUAAUGAAGAUCUAACGAGAUUACGCACUUGUCUAUAAUGAAAAUACGUGAAUAUUUAUAAGAAUUUUUAUAAAACAUUAGAUAUAUGGAUUCUUUUAUUGCCACGG